AUGGUCAAUCUUGCCUAUAUUCUGGGUGCCGUUGCGGUUUUUUCAACAUCGGGAACCGCUGCAGACGUUUCUCUAUCUUCCUCUGUUGCUGCUUCCACGACCCCAUCAGCUGCCGGUUCUCUCUCCUCGCUGGGCCUUUCUCUCCCAGCCGGCAAUGUGCUCGUCGGGAAUGUGGGGUACACCUGCAAUCUGCUGAGUCGUACAUUUCCAAAGAAUGAGACCUUUACCGCCAGCUCACCCUACUAUGAGGCUCUAAUUGAUGAGACCUGGUCAGGGAACAGCCGCCUGAACGCGUCCUGCAUUGUGACGCCCAGAUCUGCUCAGGAGGUUUCGCUUGUCAUCCAAAUCCUUAGUAUUCUGGAGACCAAAUUCUCCAUUCGCUCGGGUGGGCACAGUUCCAAUCCAGGGUUCAGUUCGAUUGGUAGCAACGGAGUGCUAGUUGCGCUUGGAAGGUUGAACACACUCUCGAUCAGCGCGGACCGGAAGACCCUCACUGUUGGACCGGGCAAUCGCUGGGAAGCCGUGUACCAAUAUCUGGAGCAGUACAAUCUGACCGUACUCGGGGGACGAGAGCCUGUUGUGGGAGUUGGUGGCUUCGUCCUGGGGGGUGGUCUUAGUCUCUUCUAUAACACCAAUGGUCUGGCCAUUGACACGGUCACCCGAUUCCAGGUGGUAACCCCCAAUGGGACCAUCGUCAACGCUACCCAAACCGAGCAUGCCGAUCUAUACAAGGGGCUGAAAGGAGGUCUGAACAACUUUGGCAUCGUGGUGGAAUACGACCUCACCACCAAUACCGGCAUCGAUGUCUGGUUCGAGGUCAAGAACUAUACCCUCGCCGAGACUCCCGCACUGCUUGCUGCCUACGCAGCAUAUCUCCAAAAUGCCGAUAUCCGCAGCAAUGUCGAGAUUCAGACGAAUCCAGCAUACACACUAGUCUUCUACGGAUAUCUCGACCAUGUGUCAGCGCCAUCCGCCUUUAAUGCUUUCUCCCACGUCCCGUCGGUCUCGACUGUUUACCCUCCUACCAAUGCCUCCCUAAAUCAAGUCCUCCUCGACAUUGGCAAUGCCGGUGUGGUUGGCUCAUUAUAUACCUAUAGCAUUUCUUUUGCCUUCAAGGUUACCAGCCCCAGCUUCCUCCAGGAAAGCUUCAAGGCCUACCUUGAAACUGCCGCAUCGCUCCUGCCUUUGGGCGUAAUACUCGAGUACGUGCCUCAGGGCAUCAUCCCAAACCUAGUUACCAAAAGCCAGACCCAGAAUGGUGGUAAUCUGUUUGGCCUGGAGGCCACACCUCAAGUUUGGGGGGAGAUCUUUGCCCAAUUCCCCGCCACGGUUAGUCAGUCAACGGUAGCCAACGCCGUGGAAUCUCUUCUAGCCAACCUUACCUCGAGCGCCCAGUCUCAGAGUGUUCAUCUUCCUUACAUUUUCGCCAAUGAUGCUGGCCCUAAUCAGCAGGUCCUGCGAGGAUAUGGUGAAGACAAUGUCAAGUAUAUUGCCGCCGUUGCUGAGAGGGGUGAUCCUUCUGCUUCCAUACCACCGGUCACGGGAGGUUUGACCUCAGUCUGGGAGUCAGCGAAUACUACUAGUAGUCAUGAGUUGAUGUCUCAAUUAUCAAGCCUCCACGUUGGGUUUCUAAGUGACGGUGAAAGCUGA